CCGCCAAAUCCAGCUAACCUUACCUUCUCCAAAAACUACACUUUGAUCAAAUUCACUCACCAAAAAUCCCAACCAAAACAGCAUAAGAUCUAAAACCCUCCAGAUCUGGAAACACUCGUCUCUUCGUCCUUUCCUAGUUAUGCGGAGGCCGGGGCUGCAUAGGCAGCAUGGAAAGCAAGGAGGAGGAGGAGGAGCGAAGGGAAUUUACGUUAAGCUCGCGGUUUCUGUUGUGGUGCUUUUGAUCUGCACGUUCUCGCUUUUCUUUUCGUCUACGAUCGGUGGAAAUCGAGGAUCUCUCGAGCCUUCUGAGAUUAAUGUCGAAGAACUUUGGGAAAGUUCCAAGUCUGGUGGCUGGAGGCCUUCAUCUGCUCCACGAUCUGAUUGGCCUCCUCCUCCAAAGGAAACUAAUGGCUAUCUUCGAGUUCGUUGCAAUGGUGGUCUGAAUCAGCAGCGCAGUGCGAUCUGUAAUGCGGUUCUUGCCGCACGAAUUAUGAAUGCCACGCUCGUACUGCCCGAGUUGGAUGCAAACUCCUUUUGGCAUGAUGACAGUGGUUUCCAAGGUAUCUAUGAUGUUGAGCAUUUUGUCCAGACACUGAAGUAUGAUGUACGAAUAGUGGAAAGCAUACCCGAAACACGGAAGAAUGGAAAAACCAAGAAGAUAAAAGCGCAUCAAAUUCGCCCCCCUAGGGAUGCUCCUAUAAGUUGGUAUACAACAGUUGCUCUCGAGAAAAUGCAGGAGCAUGGUGCUAUUUAUCUAACUCCCUUUUCACAUCGCCUUGCUGAAGAAAUUGACAAUCCGGAGUAUCAACGUUUGAGGUGUAGAGUUAAUUAUCAUGCUUUAAGGUUCAAGCCAAAGAUUAUGAAAUUAAGUGAGUCAAUCAUUGACAAACUCCGUGCACAAGGUCAUUUCAUGUCGAUACAUCUUCGUUUUGAGAUGGAUAUGCUGGCAUUUGCCGGGUGCUUUGACAUAUUUAGCCCUGAAGAGCAAAGUAUAUUGAAGAAAUAUAGGAAGGAAAAUUUUGCAGAGAAAAAACUUGUUUAUAGAGAAAGAAGGGCCAUUGGGAAGUGCCCACUGACUCCAGAGGAGGUUGGUCUUGUCUUACGUGCUAUGGGAUUCGACAACUCUACCCGGAUAUACCUAGCAGCUGGUGAAUUAUUUGGCGGAGAGCGGUUUAUGAAACCAUUUCGUGAUCUGUUCCCUCGCCUUGAGAAUCACAGUUCUGUGGACUCUUCAGAGGAACUAGCUGCAAACACGAGGGGGUUGAUAGGCUCUGCUGUUGAUUAUAUGGUCUGUCUUCUUUCAGACAUUUUUAUGCCAACAUAUGAUGGACCAAGUAACUUUGCCAACAAUCUACUCGGUCACCGACUCUAUUACGGUUUUCGGACUACAAUUAGGCCAGACAGGAAAGCUCUUGCUCCAAUAUUCAUCGACCGAGAGAAUGGACGGACUGCUGGUUUUGAACAAGCUGUUAGGCGAGUCAUGCUUAAAACAAACUUUGGCGGACCUCACAAGCGGGUGCCACCCGAAUCGUUUUAUACAAAUUCUUGGCCAGAAUGCUUCUGUCAAGUGUCACCUAAAAUUCCUGCUGACCAAUGCCCACCGGAUAACGUUUUGGAAAUUUUAGACAGACAGUUAGAGAACGAAGUAAGUAGUGACCUAGCACCCAUGGCCGGAACAAAUUCAACACGCCAAACGGAAGUAUGAGAGUUUCGAUUCGGAUUUUUAUAUGGUAUGCAUCUCCUUGGAAACCACAGAAAGGAAGUGAUUUGGUCUGGCCUUGUUGAGUUAUGGAUGUAAGCUUCAUGACUGUUUUCUUCUUUACUUAUGCUCAUUUUGGCCCUUGAACUAUACCCAUUUCUCCUCAGUUAGGAUCCACUUGUACCCAAUGUAAAAUUAAGAAUUUUACACCAUUUUAAGACCGUUGGAUUGAAGGAAAUUAAAAGCCGAGAUUAAC